AGAAAGCACCUCCGAAGGGAGCUGUUGCCAUCAGGAAGCCCAGCUGGCGUGGUGAGCGCUUUCAUUUUCUUCCUAAGUCGCUGUGAAUGGCGUCCCAGACCCUCCUGGAGUUCCAGCCCUCCAACCAGAGCCAGCCCGCACCUCCCAAUGCCACGUCCUGCGACGAAGCUUGGGAAGCCUGGGACCUGCUGCACAGCAUGUUACCAACGUUCAUCAUCGCCAUCUGCUUCUGCGGCCUGCUGGGAAACCUCUUCGUGCUGUCUGUCUUCCUCCUGCCCCGGCGGCGUCUGAACGCGGCAGAAAUCUACCUGGCCAACCUGGCGGCUUCUGACAUGGUGUUUGUCCUGGGCUUGCCCUUCUGGGCUGAGAACAUCCGGAACCAAUUCGACUGGCCCUUCGGGGCCGUCCUCUGCCGCGUGGUCAAUGGGGUGAUCAAGGCCAAUUUGUUCAUCAGCAUCUUCCUGGUGGUGGCCAUCAGCCAGGAUCGCUACCACGUGCUGGUGCACCCCAUGGCUAGCCGGAGGCAGCGGCGGCGGUGGCUGGCCCAGGUCACCUGUGUGCUCAUCUGGGCCUUGGGGGGCCUCCUGAGUAUCCCCACAUUCCUGUUCCGCACCGUCAAAGCUGUCCCGAAACUGAACGUCUCUGCCUGCACACUGCAGUUCCCCCACGAGGCCUGGCACUUUGCGAGGGUCAUGGAACUGAACGUGCUGGGCUUCCUCCUGCCGCUGUCCGCGAUCAUCUUCUUCAACUACCACAUCCUGACCUCCCUGCGAGGCCGGGCAGAGGUCAGGAGGACGAGUCACGGGGGUGCCCCGGACGGCAGGACCACGGCCCUCAUCCUUGCGCUCGUGGCUGCCUUCCUGGUCUGCUGGGUCCCCUACCACUUCUUUGCCUUCCUGGAAUUUCUGCUCCAGUUGAAAGCCAUCCAGGGCUGCUUCUGGGAGGACUUCACCGACCUGGGGCUGCAGUGGGCCAACUUCUUUGCUUUCAUCAACAGCUGCCUGAACCCAGUGAUCUACGUCUUUGUGGGUCAGCUUUUCAGGACCAAGGUGUGGGAACUUUAUAAACAAUGCAGCCCUAGGCAUCUUAUGACGACAUCUUCGUCACACAGGAAAGAAAUCUUCCAAUGUUUCUGGCGGAAUUAAAACAGCAGGGAGCCAAGCAGCUUGGCUUCCCGAUCAUUUAUUUCUGACAUAAUAAAAACUAUUGUAGUGGAUGCACAAUGGCCCCCAAUAUAACCAGGGCCUGUAGUCCCAGGAAAUUGUGAAUGUUUUAAUGGUAGCAGGGACUUUGCAGAUGCAACUAAACCAAGGCUCUCAGAUGGAGAGAUGAUCUUGGAUUAUUGGGGUGGCCCAGUGUAGUCGCAAAGGCCCUUAUAAGAGGGAAGGAGACAUGUCAGAUUCAGAGAAGACAACGUCGCAGCAGAAGCAAGAGGUCCUGGUAACGCGGGAAGCGGCCAUGAACCAAGGGCUGAUGGCGCCCUCUAGGGGCAGGGAAAGGCAAGGCCAUGGAUGCUCCCCGGAGCUUCCAGAAGGAUCCAGCCCUGCUGACGUCCCAACGACAGCCUGGUGACACUGAUUUUGGUUGUCUGGCCUCCAAAAACACAGGAGAAUAAAUUUGUGUUGUUUUAAAGUCACCAAGUUUGCGAUCAUUUGU